CUCAUUUCUCAAUAUCUGAAAACCUAUCAAACUAAAAAUUUUCUCGCUGUCCAAACAGCAUAAUCUGUUUCCUUUUGCCAUUACUAGUUGAAAAGGAUGAAGAGAGAACGCCAACUUGGUCGUAGGGCAUGGAACCUUCUGCGGUUAGUGUUGUUAUGGGCGCGGAAAGGAGGGGUGUUCAAGAGGAGUUUGAUGAUGGAGCUGAGGCUGGUGCCCAAGUUCUUGAAAAAGCUGGGGAACUCCAGGCAAGACUCGAUCCAUUACGGAGAGCGCGAACUGUCGUUUGACGACACCCCCAUUUUCCAUGUGAAGAUGCAUCGUCCAGGGUCGAUGAGAUUCAAGAUGCCUCACAUCCCAUGCAUAAAUCCGCAGGUGGAUUUUGAUUAUGAUUUCGAGUUCAAUGACGACGAUGGCAGUGAAGUUGGGGACGGGGAAGACGCAAGGAAGAGUUUCUUGAUGGGGGGAGAUGAAGAAGACUCUGGUUGUGGGGGCUGUGAAGAGGAAGAAGGGAUUGAUGUGAAGGCGGAGGAGUUCAUAGCUAAGUUCUAUGCUCAAAUGAAGCUGCAGAGACAGAUCUCAUAUUUGCAGUACAAUGAGAUGCUAAACAGAGGCACAAGCUGAGGAUUAAGCUCGAGUUUCGUUCUAUAUUUUUUUUCGUAUAAGAGGCAUUGCGGCAUUUUGUAAAUACCGGAAGCUUCCAUUGAGUUUUUUGCAAUAUUAUAAAUAAGCACUAAGAAUUUAUUGAUUCAAAAGAAUGAUUGUAUUGA